CACAGAUUUAACGUACACCCUAAAAACCUCAGCAACAAGCAGUCAACAACAGUACUUAAUUAGCAGAUACUGCAAAUAACUAAAAAAAAACUCAACAAUUUGACGCCUUGUUUAACGAUGAAUAAUUCAAGUUCAAGCUCUCAUGUUAGAGUGGCAGUUUCCGAUGAAGAAGAUAUCAAUAUAUUAGCGUUGAGGAAACCCAAGAAGCGAGCGGGAAGGAAGAAGUUCAAGGAAACUCGGCACCCAGUGUACAGGGGAGUGAGAAAAAGGAACAACGACAAGUGGGUUUGCGAACUGCGUGAGCCCAGCACACAGAAGCGAAUAUGGUUGGGAAGUUACCCAACUGCAGAAAUGGCUGCGCGCGCUCAUGACAUAGCUGCAUUGGCGCUUAGAGGGCCGCUGGCCACUCUGAAUUUCGCGGACUCUGCUUGGCGGUUGCCAGUGCCGGUAUCAAAGGAUCCCAAGGACUUGCGCCAUGCAGCUGCGAAAGCAGCAGAGCCGUUACUGGUCAGGAGAGGAAACUGA